AGUGGAGCGAGCGAGCUGAGUGGUUGUGUAGUCGAGUCCCGGAGACUGGUAGCGCUUGCAGCUUGGCUGACCAGCUGACUGAAGAGCAGAUUGCAGAAUUCAAAGAAGCUUUUUCACUAUUUGACAAGGAUGGUGAUGGAACUAUAACAACAAAGGAGUUGGGAACUGUAAUGAGGUCUCUUGGGCAGAAUCCCACAGAAGCAGAGUUACAGGACAUGAUUAAUGAGGUGGAUGCUGAUGGUAAUGGCACAAUUGACUUCCCGGAAUUUCUGACAAUGAUGGCAAGAAAAAUGAAAGACACAGACAGUGAAGAAGAAAUUAGAGAAGCAUUCCGUGUAUUUGAUAAGGAUAGUAAUGGCUAUAUUAGUGCAGCAGAGCUCCCCCAUGUGAUGACAAACCUUGGAGAGAAGUUAACAGAUGAAGAGGUUGAUGAAAUGAUCAGGGAAGCAGAUAUUGAUGGUGAUGGUCAAGUAAACUAGGAAGAAUUUGUACAAAUGAUGACAGUAAAGUGAAGACAUUGUACAGAAUGUGUUAAAUUUCUUGUACAAAAUUGUUUAUUUGCCUUUUCUUUGUAACUUAUCUGUAAAAGGUUUCCCCCUAUUGUCAGAAAAAAAUAUGCGUGUAUAGUAAUUAGGACUUCAUUCCUCCAUGUUUUCUUCCCUUAUCUUACUGUCAUUGUCCUGAAACCUUAUUUUAGAAAAAUUGAUCAAGUAACAUGUUGCAUGUGGCUUACUCUGGAUAUAUCUAAUAAGCCCUUCUGCACAUCUAAACUUAGAUGGAGUUGGUCAAAUGAGGGAACAUCUGGGUUAUGCCUUUUUUUUUUUAAGUAGUUUUCUUUAGGAACUGUCAGCAUGUUGUUGUUGAAGUGUGGAGUUGUAACCCUGCGUGGACUAUGGACAGUCAACAAUAUGUACUUAAAAGUUGCACUAUUGCAAAACGGGUGUUUUAUCCAGGUACUCGUACACUAUUUUUUUGUACUGCUGGUCCUGUACCAGAAACAUUUUCUUUUAUUGUUACUUGCUUUUUAAACUUUGUUUUAGCCACUUAAAGAAAAUCUGCUUAUGGCACAAUUUGCCUCAAAUCCAUUCCAAGUUGUAUAUUUGUUUUCCAAUAAAAAAAUUACAAUUUACCCAAAAAAAAA